GAAGAGAAAUUAUUACCCAUGGAUAAUUGUGGAUACCCGAAACCCGAACGGGUAUGGGCAUGGUUUUGAUUUUCUACCCAUUUCACAUGUGGGUAUGGGUAUGGGUAAAACCCGAACUACUAUGGGUAGGGUAAUGGAUAUGCACUAUCCGCGCCCGAUCCGACCCAUUGCCAUCCCUAAAUUGCCAUCCGAAUAUAACUUGGCACAAAUCGGUGCUUAAUGCACUUAACAUCCGUAGAGAAUAGGAUCAAUAGACUUCAUUAUCGGUGGAGAAUAGCCUCAGCCUGAUUCUGUGAUCUGCAACCUCCAGAAUUGAAAGAAAAUGACAUUUAGGAAAAAUCGACUAAAAUCUGUGAUGGUACCCCUUUGGAAUCUCCCGAAAAUGGACCCGGAAUACAUUCUCCCAAAUCGGUUCUUAAUGGAAUUAAUCAUCGUUGAUGAAUAGCCUAAGACCGAAUCCGUGAUCUGUAGCCUUCAAAAUACAAAGAAAUUGGCCUUUCGUCGCCCAAAAAAUUUCGACAAUGCCAUCCGAAAAUAAUUUGGCCCAAAUCGGUGCUUAAUGGAGGUACCAUCCGUGGUGAAUAGGAUCAAGAGACUUAAUUAUCGGUGGAGAAUAGCCUCGGCUUGAUUCCGUGAUCUGCAACCUCCAUAAUCAAAAGGAAAUGACAUUUUGGAAAAAUCGCACGAAAUCUGUGAUGGUACCCCUUUGGAAUCUGCCAAAAAUGUACCCGGAAUAAACUCGCCCAAAUCGGUGCUUAAUGGAAUUAAUCAUCGUUGAUAAAUAGCCUCAGGGCGAUCCGUGAUCUGUAGCCUUCAUAAUCCAAUGAAAAUGGCAUUUCCUUGCACAAAAAUUACGAAAAUGUCAUCCGAAAAUAAUUUGGCCCAAAUAGGUGCUUAAUGAAGGUACCAUCCAUGAAGAAUAGAGUCAAUAGACUCCAUUAUUGGUGGAGAAUAUGCUCGGCCUGAUUCCGUGAUCUGCAACCUAUAGAAUCGAAAGAAAUUGGCAUUUCGAAAAAAUCGUCCGAAAUUUGUGAUGGUACCCCUUUGGAAUCUGCCAAAAAUGGACCUGGAAUAAAUUCGCCCAAAUCAGCGCUUAAUGGACUUAAUCAUAGUUUUAAAAUAGCCUCAUGUCGAAUCCGUGAUCUGUAGCCUUCAAAAUCCAAAGAAAAUGGCCUUUCAUCGCCCAAAAAAUUACGAAAAUUCCAUCCGAAAAUAAUUUGGCCCAAAUUGGUGCAUAAUGUACUUAACUUCCGUGGAGAAUAAGAUCAAUUGACUUCAUUAUCGGUGGAGAAUAGCCUCGGCAAGAUUCCGUGAUCUGUAGCCUCCAGAAUCGAAAGAAAAUGGUAUUUCGGAAAAAUCCCCCAAAAUCUGUGAUGGUACCCCUUUGCAAUCUGCCAAAAAUUGAUCCGGAAUAAAUCCACCCAAAUCAGUGAUUAAUGGACUUAGUCAUCGUUGAAGAAUAGUCUCAGGCCGAAUCCAUGAUUUGUAGCCUUCAAAAUCCAAAGAAAAUGGCAUUUCGACGCACACAAAAUUAUGAAAAUGCCAUCCGAAAAUAAAUUGGCCCAAAUCGGUGCUUAAUGGAGGUACCAUCAGUGUAGAAUAGGAUCAAUAGACUUCAUUAUCGGUGGAGAAUAGCCUCGGCCUGAUUCCGUGAUCUGCAACCUCCAGAAUCGGAAGAAAAUGGCAUUUUGGAAAAAUCGCACGAAAUCUGUGAUAAUAGCGGCCCAUAGGCGCAAGAUGUACCUUGUGGGGGGGGGGGGUGGUCCCCUGGACAUAGUCCUUUCAGGCGGUGGCCAUUUAGUCCAUGGUCCAUUUGAUGGUCGGUGCAAGGCCAGAAAUUUGAACACAUUGAUUCCGCCCGUUCCCGUCCUUCGCUUCAGGGCCUGUCCCUCAGUGUGGUCAGUCUCCAUACUGUCGGGCAGCGAAGCUUACACUUGUUCACUAAUUAUGACGGUUCGCCAGGGCCUCUUUCCUCCUCCCUUUUCUGCUCACUCAUAGGGGUUCGGCCCCCCACAAAAGGGGAGGGAGUCGACUGAACAUCUCAGCCAUUGGCGAGAAUUUCGCCCGCAUCCGAUCCCCAAUUCUUGUUCACCCCGGAUGAUCGUGUUGGGUGAAUUGUGACCACGUACGAUCGUGUCGGGUGAGCAACAGCCGCUUCGUCACAGUACUUACUUAUGGGCUAACGGGUCACACUUUGCCCUUUGGAAUCUGCCAAAAAUGGACCCGGAAUAAAUUCGACCAAAUUGGCGCUUAAUAGACUUAAUCAUCGUUGAAGAAAAGCCUCAGGACGAAUCUGUUAUCUGUAGCCUUCAAAAUCCAAAGAAAAUGGCCUUUCGUCGUCCAAAAAGUUACCAAAAUGCCAUCUGAAAAUAAUUUGACCCGAAUCGGUGAUUAAUGGACUUAUCAUCCUUGGGGAAUAGGAUCAAUAGACUUCAUUAUCGGUGGAGAAUAACCUCGGCUUGAUUCCGUGAUCUGCAACCUCCAGAAUCAAAAGAAAAUGACAUUCAGAUAAAUCGCCUGAAAUCUGUGAUGUUACCCCUUUGAAACUAAUCAUCGUUGGAGAAUAGCCUCAGGCCGAUCAGUGAUCUGUAGCCUUCAAAAUCCAUAUAAAUUGUCCUUUCGUCGCCCAAAAAGUUAGGAAAAUGCCAUCCGUAAAUAAUUUUGCCCAAAUCGGUGCUUAAUGGAGGUACCAUCGGUGUAGAAUAGGAUCAAUAGACUUCAUUAUCAAUGUAGAAUAGCCUCGGCCUGAUUCCGUGAUCUGCAACCUCCAGAAUCGGAAGAAAAUGGCAUUUUGGAAAAAUCGCCCGAAAUCUGUGAUAGUACCCCUUUGGAUUCUGCCAAAAAUGGACCCGGAAUAAAUUCACCCAAUCGGCGCUUAAUGGACUUAAUCAUCGUUGAAGAAUAGCCACAGGGCGAUCCGUGAACUGUAGCCUUCAAAAUCCGAAGAAAAUGGCCUUUCGUCGCCCAAAAAUUACGAAAAUGUCAUCCGAAAAUAAUUUGGCCCAAAUCGGUGCUUAUUGGAGGUACCAUCCGUGGAGAAUAGGAUCAAUAGACUUCAUUAUCGGUGGAGAAUAUCAUCGGCCUGAUUACGUGAUCUGUAACCUCCAGAAUCGAAAGAAAAUGGCAUUUCGGAAAAAUCACUCGAAAUUUUUGAUGGUACCCCUUUGGAAUCUGCCAAAAAUGGACCCUUAAUAAAUUCGCCCAAAUCGUCGAUUAAUGGACUUAAUCACCGUGGAAGAAUAGCCUCAAGCCGAAUCUGUGAUCUGUAGCCUUCAAAAUCCAAAGAAAAUGACCUUUCGGCUCCCAAAAAAUUACGAAAAUGCCAUACGAAAAUAAUUUGGACCAAAUCGGUGCAUAAUGGAGCUACCAUCCGUGGAGAAUAGGAUCAAUAGACUUCAUUAUCGGUGGAGAAUAGCCUUGGCCUGAUUCAGUGAUCUGCAAUCUCCAUAAUCGAAAGAAAAUGGCAUUUCGGAAAAAUCACCCGAAAUAUGUGAUGGUACCCCUUUGGAAUCUACCAAAAAUGGACCCGGAAUAAAUUCGCCCAAAUCGGCGCUUAAUGGACUUAAUCAUCGUUGAAGAAAAAUGGCCUUUCGUCGUCCAAAAAACUACGAAAAAUGGCAUCCAAGAAUAAUUUAGCCCAAAUCGGUGCUUAAUGGAGGUACCAUCGGUGGAGAAUACGAUCAAUAGACUUAAUUAUCGGUGGAGAAUAGCCUCGACUUGAUUCCGUGAUCUGCAACCUCCAGAAUAGAAAGAAAAUGGCAUUUCGGAAAAAUCGCCUAAAAACUCUGAUGGUACACCUUUGCAAUCUCCCAAAAAUGGACCCGGAAUAAAUUCGCACAAAUCGGCGCUUAAUGGACUUAAUCAUCGUUGAAGAAUAGUCUCAGGCCAAAUCCGUGAUCUUUUGGCCUUCAAAAAACAAAGAAAAUGGUCGUUUGUCGCCCAAAAAAUUAUGAAAAUGCCUUCUGAAAUUUUUUUUGGCCCAAAUCGGUGCUUAAUGGAGGUAUCAUCCGUGGAGAAUAGGAUCAAUGGACUUCAUUAUCGGUGGAGAAUAGCCUCGGCUUGAUUCGUGAUCUGCAACCUUCAGAAUCGAAAGAAAAUGGCAUUUUGGAAAAAUCGUACGAAAUUUGUGAUGGUACCCCUUUCGAAUCUGCCAAAAAUGGAACCGGAAUAAAUUCGCCCAAAUCGACGCUUAAUAGACUUAAUCAUCGUUGAAGAAUAGCCUCAGGCCGAAUCCAUGAUCGGUAGCCUUCAAAAUACAAAGAAAAAUGGUCUUUCGUCGCCAAAAAAAUUACGAAAAUGCCAUACGAAAAUAAUUUGGCCCAAAUCGGUGCUUAAUGGACUUAUCAUCCGUGGGGAAUAAGAUAAAUAGACUUCAUUAUCGGUGGAGAAUAGUCUCGGCCUGAUUCCAUGAUCUGCAAACUCCAGAAUCGAAAGAAAAUGGCAUUUCGGAAAAAUCGCCUGAAAUCUGUAAUGGUUCCCCUUUGGAAUAUACUAAAUAUAUACCCAGAAUAAAUUCGCCCAAAUUGGUUCUUAAUGGACUUAAUCAUCGUUGAAGAAUAGCCUUAUGCCGAAUCCGUGAUCUGUAGCAUUCAAAAUCCAAAGAAAAUGGUCUUUCGUCGCCAAAAAAAUUAAGAAAAUGCCAUCCAAAAAUAAUUUGGCCCAAAUUGGUGAUUAAUGGAGGUACCCUCCGUGGAGAAUAGGAUCAAUAGACUUCAUUAUCGGUGGAGAAUAGUCUCUGCCUGAUUCCGUGAUCUGCAACCUCCAGAGUCAAAAGAAAAUGGCAUUUCGGAAAAAUCGCACGAAAUAUGUGAUGGUACCCCUUUGGAAUAUGCUAAAAAUGGACCCGGAAAUAAAUUCACCCAAAUUGGCGCUUAAUGGACUUAAUCAUCGUUGAAGAAUAUCCUCAGGCCAAUCCGUGAUCUGUAGCCUUCAAAAUCCAAAGAAAAUGGCCGUUCGUCGCCCAAAAAAUUACGAAAAUGCCUCCGAAAAUAAUUUGGCCUAAAUCGGUGCCUAAUGGACUUAUCAUCUGUGGAGAAUAGGAUCAAUAGAAUUCAUUAUCGGUGGAGAAUAGCCUUGGCCUAGUUUCGUGAUCUGCAACCUCCAGAAUAAAAAGAAAAUGGCAUUUCGGAAAAAUCACCCUAAAUCUGUGAUGGUACCCCAUUUGGAAUAUGGCGAAAAUGGACCCGGAAUAAAUUCACCCAAAUCGGCUCUUAAUGGAAUUAAUCAUCGUUGAAGAAUAGCCUCAGGCCGAAUCCGUGAUCUGUAGCCUUCAAAAUCCAAAUAAAUUGGCCUUUCGUCGCCCAAAAAAUUACGAAAAUGCCAUCUGAAAAUAAUUUGGCUCAAAUCGGUGCUUAAUGGAGGUACAAUCCGUGGAGAAUAAGAUAAAUAGACUUCAUUAUCAGUGGAGAAUAGCCUCGGCCUGAUUCCAUGAUCUGCAAACUCCAGAAUCGAAAGAAAAUGGCAUUUCGGAAUAAUCGCCAAAAUCCAUAAUGGUACCCCUUUGGAAUAUGCCAAAAAUGUACCCAAAAUAAAUUUGCCCAAAUUGGUGCUUAAUGGACUUAGUCAUCGUUGAUGAAUAGCCUCAGGCCGAUACGUGAUCUAUAGCCUUCAUAAUCCAAAGAAAAUGGUCUUUUCUUGCACAAAAAUUACGAAAAUGCCAUCCAAAAAUAAUUUGGCUCAAAUCGGUGCUUAAUGGAGGUACCAUCCGUGGAGAAUAGAGUCAAUAGACUCCAUUAUUCGUGGAGAAUAUGCUCGGCCUGAUUCCGUGAUCUGCAACCUAUAGAAUCGAAAGAAAAUGGCAUUUCGAAAAAAUCGCCCGAAAUUUGUGAUGGUACCCCUUUGGGAUCAAUAGACUUCAUUAUUGGUGGAGAAUAGCAUCGGCCUGAUUCCAUGAUAUUUAGCCUCCAGAAUCGAAAGAAUAUGACAUUUCGGAAAAAUUGCUCGAAAUCUGUGAUGGUUCCCCUUUGAAAUCUGCCGAAAAUUGACCUGGAAUAAAACCAUCCAAAUCGAUGCUUAAUGGACUUAAUCAUCAUUGAAGAAUAGCCUCAGAUCGAAUUUGUGAUCUGUAGCCUUCAAAAUCCAAAGAAAAUGGCAUUUCGUUGCCAAAAAAUUACGAAAAUGCCGUACGAAAAUAAAUUUGCCCAAAUCAGUGCUUAAUGGACUUAUCCUCUGCGUUGAAUAGAAUCAAUAGACUUCAUUAUCGGUGAAGAAUAGCCUCGGACUGAUUCCGUGAUCUAUAGCCUGCAUAAUCGAAAGAAAAUUGCAUUUUGGAAAAAUCGCCCAAAAUCGGUGAUGGUACCCCUUUGUAAUAAGCCAAAAAUUGACCUGGAAUAAAUCCGUUACAAUCGGUGCUUAAUGAACUUAAUCAUCGUUGAAGAAUAGCCUCAGACAGAAUCCAUGAUCUGUAGCCUUCAAAAUACAAAGAAAAUGGCAUUUUGUCGCACAAAAAAUUAUGAAAAUGCAAUCCGAAAAUAAAUUAGCCCAAAUCGGUGCUUAAUGGAGUUAUCAUUUGUGGAUAAUAGGAUCAAUAGACUUAAUAGAGUUAUCAAUUAGCCCAUUAUCGGUGGAGAAUAGCCUCGGCCUGAUUCAGUGAAUUGUAGCCUCCAGAAUCGAAAGAAAAUGGCAUUUCGGAAAAAUCGUCAAAAAUCGGUGAUGUCAGCCAAAAAUUGACUCGGAAUAAAUCCGCUCAAUUCGGUGCUUAAUGGACUUAAUUAUCGUUAAAGAAUUUAUUACACCCCUUUGUAAUAAGCCAAAAAUUCACCCGGAAUAAAUCAGCCCAAAUUGGUGCUUAAUGGACUUAAUCAUCGUUGAAGAAUAGCCUCAGACGAUAUCUGUGAUGUGUAGCCUUCAAAAUACAAAGAAAAUGGCCUUUUGUUGCACAAAAAAUUACGAAAAUGCAAUCCGAAAAUAAAUUAGCCUCAAUCGG